AAUAACAGUACCAAAAUCAAACAAAAUUGUUAUCGUAAUAAAUAAAUUUAAAUGUUCUCAAAAGUAUUCAGAAUAUAAUUAUUUAUUCUGUAGAUUUAUAAUUACAAUUAUAGUCAUGGGUGCAGAUGAAGAAAUGAGCAAAGAAUUUAAAUUGAAACCUAUGAAAUGCGAAUUAAACUUUUUGAGCAAAUCGGAUGGAUCGGCAAUAUUAUCACAAGGUGAAACAGUGGCGCUGGUCAGCGUCAAUGGCCCACUAGAUGUCAAAAUGCAAAGUCAGAGCAUAGAGAAGUCAACAUUGGAGGUGUUAUUCAUUAGCAAAGGUGGCAAACCAUCAGUUGGCGACAGGUAUAAAGAGAAUAUAAUAAGACAGACAUGUGAAACGGCAAUAUUGGGCAGUCUGUACCCGCGCACCGCUAUCACAAUCACCAUACAAGAGUUGGAGGAUUAUGGAGGGUUCCUGUCGUGCUGCCUGAACACCGCGUGCCUGGCUCUCCUCAACUCGGGCGUGGCGAUGCGAAACGUGUUUGCGGCCGUCUCCUGCGCCCUCGACGAGGCGGGGAACAUAAUGCUGGAGCCAACGAAGCAGCAGCUGGAGUCUACUCGUGCCAUCAUGAACUUCGUGUUCGACAGUCGAGAGAAAAGUUUAAUUACUUCGUUCACAGAAGGCACUUUCAGUGAAGACACAUACAAGGAGGCGUUGGCACGGUGUCGGUCAGCUAGCGAUCUAAUCUUUGCAUUCUACAGAGAUAUAGUUAGAAAAUAUUCAAAUGUCAUAUGA